CAAAAUGACAGCUGGUUCAGUGUGUGUCCCCCAGAUCAUACCAUUGCGAGUGCCUCAGCCGGGAAAAGCCAACAAUGAAAUUAAUAACAACACACUUUUGGAGAUGAAGUCAGACACCCCAGAUGUCAAUAUAUACUAUACCCUGGAUGGCAGCAAACCUGAAUUUCUAAAGAAAAUUGGUUAUGGUGAAAAUAGUACAUUUAAGUAUACAAAGCCUAUUACUCUACCGGAUGGAAAAAUACAAGUUAGAGCUAUUGCAGUCUCUAAAGACUGCAGAGAGAGUGGCAUUGUCACAAAGGUGUUUCAGGUGGGCCAAGGAACACCAAGUGCACUCUCCUUGGAAGACAGUGUGGAUGCUGUUCUCAGAGAGUCCUCAAAGCAGGAACUGAAAAAUGGAUUUGUUGGAUCAAAACUAAGGAAGAAAUAUAAAAAUGUUGAAAGUAAACUGGGUUGGAAUGUUAACCUUAGAAAGUUUUCAGAUCUCAAGGUGGGAGAAAGAACGGACCCUAAAACUCUGAAAGAUCUUCGCUUCUCACACAACUCACUGCAAACUCCAGCUUACAGUGAAGAGGCAGGCUCUAGAGUGCCCCCGCACCAGUCCCAGUUUCCUAGUUUUGCACACAUAGCUGGCCAGAAGAGUUUGACAAGCACAGAGAUCACAAGAAUUCAAAGGGAGACAGACUUUCUUAAGUGUGCCCACUGCCUUGCCACCCGCCCAGCCGAUCCUUUUGCUCGCUUCUGUCAAGAAUGUGGCUCUCCUGUCCCGCCCGUAUUUGGCUAUCGUCUCCCACCACCAGAAGGAGCACAGAUGGGUUUAUGUGCAGAGUGUGGAACCCUGGUGCCCAUGAACACCCGCAUCUGUGUGGUGUGUGAAGCCCCUCUCGCUCUACAACUGCAGCCACAGGCCAGCCUACAUUUGAAGGAGAAAGUUAUCUGCCGCAGCUGUGGCACAGGGAAUCCGGCUCACCUGAGCCACUGCGUCACCUGUGAGGGGGUCCUGCCUGCAUCACCACAGACCUUGUGUGGGGGAAAUAAAGCCUCUCCUCCAUCCACUCAGAAAGGGGAGACCAUUUCCUGCUCCAAAUGUGGCCAUCAGAAUCCCCAGAAAGCUUUCUUCUGUGACUUAUGUGGAAUCACGUAUGGUAUUUCUCCUUCAUACUCUGUUUGCCCUAAAUGUGGGGCUAGCAAUCACCCAUCUGCCCGAUUCUGUGGCUCCUGUGGUUUUUAUGUGGAGUGCUUGACAAGAUUUAGCAUGGACAACAAUCUGACUCGAGUUCCUGGAGAACUAGGCCCUUUUGCUGAGCCUAGAUUGGUCUGGCAGCCCCUAAGCAUUCCUUUGUCCAAACCUGAUGCUGAAACUAAGAAAGAUGUAGGCACACAGACCACUGGCCUAUUCUAUCCAUCUGGCAAGAUACUAGCAAAAAAGGAAAUGGAAAUGACUUUUCAAAGGCAGAGGCAGGAGAAAAUGAGUGAUCACAAACCUCUCCUCACAGCUGUCAGUCCCGGAAGAGGGUACUGGAGAAAACAGUUGGAUCACAUCUCUGCUCACCUCCGAUCUUAUGCUCAGAACAACCCUGAAUUCCGUGCCGUGGUUGCAGAACCCAGGAUGGGAAAGCUCAUCUCUGCUACUGUCCAUCAAGAUGGCUAUGAAGUUAGCCUCAGACUGAAUUAUAUUCAAGUCUCAAACAAAAACCUUUACCUCAACAAGUCGACAAAUUUCAGUGACCAGUUUCUGAGCAGUGUCAGCGAGGGCAGUGAUGGACAUUUUGGCAGUGGGUCCAGCCCAGUGAGUGACUACAGCCAGAGCAUGUCAGAUACCACUGAAAAACUCAAGAAGACAAAGCAUUUCAAGAUCAAAAACCUUCAUGAAAAGGAGAAACAAAUAACACCUGAAAACAGACUCCUGUUGAAGGAAGUUGGACCUACAGGAGAAGGAAGAAUCUCUGUGAUUGAACACCUGCUGGAUGAAGGAGCAGAUCCCAAUUGCAGUGAUGAUGAAGAUAGGCCUGUUUUAACUUUGGCUGUUGUGAAUAAACACCAUGAAGCUAUCCCUGUCCUUAUGCAGAGAGGAGCAGACAUUGACCAGCAGUGGGGCCCCCUUCAAAAUACAGCCCUCCAUGAAGCAACUCUGCUUGGCCUGGCAGGAAAAGAGUGUAUUGCUGCUUUACUUCGAUAUGAUGCAAACAUCCAAAAGAAGAAUUUGAGAGGCGAGACAGCAUAUGACCUGGCUCUGAAACUUAGAGAUGAGCUCAUCACCUCGCUCUUUGCUGCCAAGCAAGCCUGGAUGACUGUUACGUAAGAGUCCUUUAGUGGGGCUCUGGUCUUGAAGUGUAAAGAAACUGUGCUUCUUUUUUCUUGUUUUGUUUCUGAAAUGUGUGUUUGAGGUUUGGAAAUUGAGACUAAGAGGAAUUCAGAUGAUAUU